AGUGCGAGAAGAGAGUGCGAAACGGGAGAGCCGCUGCGAUCGGCCAGGCGCCUGCGCGGUGUCCGGGCCCCCGGAGCCCGCGGCGCUGAGCCAGCCGGGACGGACAUGCGCGGGAGGGCGCCGUGGGGCAGCCGCGGCUCCGCGGGGGACCAACAGCUGCUGGCUGACUGACAGAGCCCUUGGGGUCCCAGUGUGAGCACAAUGUCAACCGCAGGAGUGGCCGCUCAGGAGAUUCGCGUCCCGCUGAAAACCGGGCUUCUGCGAGAUGGGCAGACCAUGGGGGACCUGAGCACCUGCUGGGGCAGUCGUGGAGAGUUUGAAAAUCACUUUUUAAACAUUGACCCAAUAACCAUGGCCUACAGUCUGAAGUCUACUGCUCAGGCGCACCUGACAUCUCUUGGGCGCUCCGUGACAUCUGCUCCGACCAACGGCCACCGCCUUGCAGAGCAGGGCGCCUCUCAGAAGGCCACCCUGCCCCCUCUUACUCUUCCCACAAGUGAAAACUUGGGACCCCAUGAUGAAGAUCAAGUUGUGGGUGGUUUUAAGAAACUCUCAGUAAAUGGAGGGUGUGCUCCCACCCCCCCUCUCACACCCAUGAAGAACAGCCCGUCCCCGUUCCCCUACCAGGCGCUCGAGCGGGGCUGCAGGCCCCUCCCCCCCCUGCCCAUCUCGGAAGGCCACUGUCUGGACGACACAGACUGUGAGGUGGAGUUUUUCACCUGCUCCGACACAGACUUGCUUUUGGAGGACUGCACGCCUUCUGAGUUCAAGUACAGAGUCCCUGGCAGGCGGAGCUUCCGCGGGUGUGGCCAGAUCAACUAUGCUUAUUUUGACACCCCGACCGUCUCUGUGGUGGAUCUCAGCCAGGCAUCCGAGCAAAACACAGGGGGGCAGCACCCAGAACCCCCUGCACCCCAGAGCCACCGGAGGUUAAGAAGGUCUCAUUCGGGCCCAGCUGGAUCCUUUAACAAGCCAGCUGUAAAGGCACACAGCUACGUGCACAGAGCUUCUCCAAACUCCGAUGAAGACAAACCUGAGGUCCCCCCCAGGGUCCCCAUACCUCCGCGGCCCAUGAAGCCAGACUACAGAAGGUGGUCGGCCGAGGUGACUUCCAGCACCUACAGCGACGAAGACAGGCCUCCCAAAGUGCCACCGAGAGAACCUCUGUCGCGGAGCAACUCCCGCACGCCGAGCCCUAAAAGCCUUCCGUCUUACCUCAACGGGGUCAUGCCCCCCACCCAGAGCUUUGCCCCCGACCCCAAGUACGUCAGCAGCAAAGCUCUGCAAAGACAGAACAGUGAAGGGUCUGCCAAUAGGGUUCCCUGCAUCCUGCCCAUCAUUGAGAAUGGGAAGAAGGUUAGCUCCACACACUAUUACCUACUACCUGAGAGACCGCCGUACCUGGACAAAUAUGAAAAGUUUUUUAGGGAAGCAGAAGAAGCAAAUGCGAGCACUCGGGUGCAGCCCUUACCCGCCGACGGCGGUGUCGGCCCAGCCACAGAAAAGCUGGACCCGAUGCCCAGAGCGGACCCGGGUGGCCACGGGAAGCGGAAGCACUCGGCCUACGUGGUCUCACCCUAGGCGCCGGCUCGGGUCCGGCGGAGGUUCCAGGGAGCAGGGGGUCCUCAAGCAAGUUCCCAGCCUGCCUGCGGUUCACGGGAAGGCGUUCCAGGCUGUGGAACAAACUGCUGAACUCUGGAGAGAGAGGCUGAGAGGUGCUGUUGUGCUGAGGGCCCGGCUUGCCAGCGCUGGAGAGAGGUCUGUCCGCGCGCCAAGACGUGGCGGGGCAGGGCGGGGCGCCACGCACACAAACGCCACAGACUGCAUGUGCACUCGUGGCGCAGCCUAGACCAAGUAGCAGGUUAGCCAGCUAGUGACUCCCUUAGAGUAAUAUAUAUAUAUAUAUAUAUAUUUGGGACGUGAGAACUCGCGCUGCAGGAGGACUCGGGGCAGACCGAAAACUGAGCACAUAGAAGAAACCACAGUAUUUAGAUCGGAAUCAUAAAAAUUAUUUUUGCUUAGUAGUAAGUUUGCAGAUUUCUGGCUCUUCGGUCUGUUAUGUUUUGUUUGAUUUCUUUUUGCCAGCAGUCUCUUCUUGGGGCGCGGGGUGUGCGUGCGCUCUGUGGCUGUGCCCCCCAGGCUGAAACGCCCCACGCGCUUCCCGGUUGCACGUCCUGCGGUGCUGAGGGCAGGGCCGGCAGCGUGUGUGGCAACUGCAUUCUCACCCGGACGUGUCUCGCAUCUUGGGAAAUAAGAAGAUACGACUGCAUUUUCCUCACAACUCCUGCUUCGUUCCACCCACCAAGACGGCCCGUGGCCGCACGAGCCUCACGGGAACAGUGGGACGCGGGGGACUCGAGAGGCGGACUGUUCACCAGGGCUCAGGACGCGGCUCUUAAGCAAUAAGGAAACACUUAGCUAUGCGAUUGAGAGUUACUGUGUGGGGGUGUGUGGCGGGUUUUUUGUCGUUUGUUUUGGUUUUUUUUUUAGACUCUUAAUAAACAAAUCCAACACAAGCUGGCCUUGUGUUGCAGGUUCCUACUCAGUAUUUCCUGAGGAUUGUUUGCUUUUUAAGUAAAACACUUCUGACCAAGAGCGCAAUAUAUGUCUUGCUCCCAGAGGUCACAUCAGCAUCUUUCUGCUUUCCAAUCCCACGGCUGCCUGCUCGUUCCACUCGCCGGAACACACAGCUCUGCUCUCACUGCCGCGGCUUGGACGUGCGAGUCCUGCGUAGCCGGGCACACGGCAGGCGCUGGCUCCCACAGGCACGCCGCUGCGACGGUCUCGCAACAGUUAAACGGGCUCUUAACGGUUUAAGCUGCUGAGUGAUUAUUCGAGCUAUUUAAAGCUAUAUUUUAGUCUGAACUAAAUGAAGGUUAAAACAUGCUUUAGAAAGUGCACUGAUUUCUGCAUUAUGUGUGCAGUAUUGGACAAAGGAUUUUAUUCAUUUUUUGUUGCAUUAUUUUGAAUAUUGUCUUUUCAUUUUAAUAAAGUUAUAAUACUUAUUUAUGA